GCGCUUUAAGGUCACGUGACAUGUCAAAUUUAACUAUGGUGUUUUGAAAUAGUUCAGUGUUUAAAGAAAAUUAAUAAAUUUUGUAUAAAAUAUGUCUUUUUCGGAAAAAGGGAAUGGAGAAGAUUCUGAAAGUAUGGAAGCAAUGAAUAUUGAAAAUUCCCAACUUGAAAAUAGUUUGUCAAGCUUGAGUAGUAAUGAUAUGCACCAUUUAAAUGAAUUUUCACAAGAACUUAUCCUAAACCCUGAUAUGGAAACAGAAGAAAUGGUUGUAGAAAAUCAGGAAGAAAUAGAACACGAAGAAGAAGUUGAAACGGAAGAAGUAGCAACUGAAGAUUUGGAAGUAAUCAUAGAUCAGUCCAAUAAAGUAGACGAACAUUUCUCGGAUCUAAAAAUUAGUAAACUUAACAUGGCAGUACCUCCUUUAAGGCCAUUAACUAUUGCGCCAAAACCUACAAAAGUGCCCCUUACUACUGUCAAAGCGGUUGGUGGUCAGCUUGGUGGGCAACCUUUACUGUUUUUACAAGGUGUACAAGGUGCUGGAUCAGGUCAAACAAUAAAAUUAGUAGCUUCGCAGGGCCAGGAAAUCUUUACGAAUAUCAUAUCCAGGCCGUUGACAAUCAAACCUUCUUUCAAAACGAUAUCAACUCAAGGCAGUAACAUUUCUCUAGUUCAACAAAAGCCUGUACUGAUGAAGAAAGUCGUCGCGGCCAAUUCAAAAACUGUUACAAAAACUGUAAAUAGUAUUUCAAAGCCAACGCAACAUUUUAUGGUCGUGCAAAAGUCUGAUCAACAGCAACUCAAAUUAAUACAGGCUCAAGGAAACGUAUUGGGUGUUCCGGCCCCAACAAAAACCAUCACUUUACAACAAGCACAGGAGAUGGGAUUGAUAACGAGCACUAAAAUAGCCCAGCCUGGACAUUCUACUGGAAAGCAGUCGGUUUUGUUAGCAAAGAAUCCACAGAAAUCGAUAAAAUUGAUACCACAGAGCAAUGCUCCCCAAAUAUUGACUACAACGGAACUACAAAACAUACCUACAAAAACGGUAACUUUAAAUCAAGUGAAAGCUCCAACGAAAAUAUUACCGGCGGUUUCGAACUCUAUAAAUAAAGGCACACAAAGGCUCAUCUUCAAAACGGCUGCUGGUAGUCCGACCAUUUUGCCACAAGGACAAAUUCUGCAGGUUUCUGCUGCACAGGCCAUGAAUUCUGGACAGGUGCAUCAAAUUAAUAUACCUGGUAAAGGGAUGCAAUACAUAAAAUUUGUAACCAGCACGGCCGAUGCGAACACAACAACUGCCGGUAAUGUUGUAAAAUCUUCGCCCAUUAUGACACCAACAAAUAUCGUUUUAUCUGAAGUAAAACCAAUCUCAACACUAAAUAGGAUCGUACCGAAAAUCCACCCCAAAGACAAAGUCCCCAUAUCGCCCAACAGCAAAACUUUGACGAGCACACCUCUGAUGGUGAUGCCCGUGCAGAUUCCCACCACGCAAUCUAUUCAGUUCCAAUCAAAAUUUACCAAAGUAUCCAUAGCUCCUCCAGCUUCUCCACAACAGAAACCUGCAGGAUCUACCAAAUCCUCGACUGGAUCAAAUGAAAAUACCUCUCCUCAAUCUAAAGAGGAGCUGGAUGCCAAUGGCAUGAGACCUAGGAAGCCGUGUAACUGUAACAAGUCUCAGUGUUUGAAACUUUAUUGUGAUUGCUUCGCUAACGGAGAAUUCUGUUAUAUGUGCAAUUGUAUGAAUUGUUUUAAUAAUUUAGAAAACGAAGAUCAUCGAAAUAGAGCUAUCAAAGCAUGCCUGGAACGAAAUCCCAACGCUUUCAGACCAAAAAUUGGCAAAGCGAAGGAUGUAGUAGGAGAUACUGCCAUACGGAAACAUACCAAGGGUUGCAAUUGUAAGAGAUCUGGAUGUCUUAAAAAUUACUGCGAAUGUUAUGAGGCCAAGAUUGCAUGUUCCAAUAAUUGCAAGUGUUUUGGCUGUCGGAAUAUAGAAGAAACCAUAGAUAAGAAGAGUGUAAGGCAUUUAAGCGAAAAAGCGACCAACACGCCCGCCUGUCCCGCACCCCUCGAUUCAAACGGCAAAAACUUGGGACCUUUCCGACAAAGGCGGAGUUCCAGUUCGAGGAAGCAAACCAUAAAUUUUAUAACAGACGACGUCAUAGAAGCUACGUGUCAGUGUCUACUAACAAUUUCCGACAACGCAGAUGAAUCUAUUCAAGACGAAGAAGUAACGAAACGUCUGAUCAUAGAAGAGUUUGGUAGAUGCCUAACGGAGAUAAUAGACUGCUCGUCAAACCGUAGUCUAAGUUAGUUCUUAAUGUAAAUUAGUGAAUUUAAAUCCAAAAUUGUCACUCAAAGAGUGCCAGUCUUCUGAUCACGAAAGUGUAAGUGUCCAGCACAGUUAGGGCUUGAAUCGUCAGAUAUUUGUUUUGAAAGUAAUUAAGAAUGAAAGAAAAAACUGAUAAACUCUUGAUUUUCUCUUGAAUUUAGUUUAAUAGACUGGAAUAUUUAUCAAUAAUGUUUAAAAUUAAUUUCAAGUGCUUAUAUCUCCCGUGUUACUGAAAUAUUUUAAGGUUAAAUUCGGCAAAAAAUUAUCUUAUUUAACACAAAUAUAUACUUAAAUUUUUAAAUCGAGAUAGGUUCUAAAAUUUGUUAAAACAGGUCUUUACAUAUAGAGUGUCAAACUCCGUAGAGUACUAAAGUGAAGCAUGCGUGAACUAAAGACUACACAAAAGCGUAAACUGGUAAAAACAAGGGUCUUGUUGUUUGUUGCAAAACUGCGUCUGGUGAAUCAGUUCUUUAAAGUUUGCUAACACGAAAUAGUCACAUGAGGCUAAAUCUGGUAUAUACGAGAGUAUAGCGAUUGUUUCUUUAUUCCUGUAUUUUUCCAUCAAUUGCCUUAUAAUGAAAAGUGCAUCUGUUGUUGAUCUGCCCUGCAUAAAGCCAAAUUGCCAAAUUGAUUAUCGGGUAUUUCGGUUUCUUCACGUAUCCGUCUAUCAAUUACUCUCUCCCAUAUUUUCAUGGCGUUUUAUAGCUAGUUUGUACAUUGUUGUAUAUCUCCCUUGUUUUUGUAAACAGGUACUAAUAUACUGCUUCUCCAUUCGUCUGGCAUUUGUCCAUAUAUUGUUGUAAAAAUACAACAUAUAUACAUGUAUGUACAUAAUAUAUUGUUGGUAAAAACACCAAUAAUAUUAUGUGGAUCACACUACAAAAGAAGUCAGACCACACUAACCAUUGCUUCUGAGUUGCAGAAAACAGAGAAAGAUGAAAACAAAUCACCAAUCACCCACAUAACAAUUUCAUGUUCUUAGUAGAUUCAUAGAACAUACUUUUCCGAAAAAGUAUAUGCUGAGAAUAUGCGUAAUUACCAUUACGAAUUUGCAGAUCAGAUGCUGAGUUUACACUACAUUACAGUACUUAAACGCUCUAUUUAGAUAUUUAGAAUGUACUACCGCACUUCUUUUCAGUAUAUACCAAGAAUAUACUUUUUAGAAUAUUCCAAGGAAGUGCUAUAAACCUUCUAUUUAUAUACUUACAAUAUACUACUGCACAUCUAUUUAGUAUGUGGGAAGAAUAUACUUUUAAGAUUAUUCCAAGCAAAUGAUAUAUUGCUCAGAAGUAUGUUUUCAACAUCACCUAAUCUCAUCCUAGGUUCUACCAACUAUCACAUUUCAAAUGAAUACGAGAUUAAAAAUGCAUACUUGUAUUUAAUAUUUUCCAAAGAAAACUAGAUUUCUGAAAAUAAUUAAAUAACGCCUCCUUGCUUGCAUAAUGCUUAUUAGGCUAUUUCGAAAAUAAGACGCUUACAUUAACGAAAAGAUCUUUUUCCAACAAGACCCAGUUUACAAAAUUCGAUUUAGCAAAACCGGACUUACAGCCAAACUAUUUCUUUUUGAGAAAAUUAAGAAAGAUAACAAAAAUGUAAUACAAAAACCGAAAAUUACCAGCUAAAAAAAUGUUUAUACAAAGUGAUCAAAACUUUUUUCUGUAAAACUUACCUAAAAAAUACAUUUAAUAAUAAGCUUCAACAAUAAUAAAUGUUCAGUAAAAAAUUUUUUAUUAGCUCUUAUGUCUGCGUAACUUGGAACCUAUUGAUAACUUUUUUAUUAUCAGUUCUACGAAAAAAAGUUAUGCUUUAUAAAAUACUCUGCAUCGUAUAUAAUCUAAGAUGCAAUCACCAAAUAUCAACUUUAAUUAAUUUUAUACGAGGUAUGUAAAAAAAUAUGAAUUUCACUCAAGUACCUUUACGUUUCACAAUAUCGAAAAGUGUUAUUAAGAAAAGUUGCUUGGAAUUAAAAAAUUUGUUUUAUUGUUCAAUUACAUCCUUCUAAUUAAAAUAUUAUGAAUAAUAAAGGCACUUAACUCUUAAGAAAAAUUCAUAUUUUUUACAUACUUCGUAAAAAAAUUAAAAAAGUUUGCUAUCUGAUGGUUGUAUCUUAGAUUUUAGACCAGGGAAAACAUUUUAUGAAAAAUAACUUUUUUUCGUAAAAGUGAUAAUAAAAUAGUUAUCAUAAUUGUAAUAAAAUGAUGAUGAGUAAGGGUCAAUCCAUGCCAAUUGGUCCAAUAUAAAUUAAGUUGGUUGCUCGACUAUUUUUAAUAUUUUUUAUUUUUCUACCUUUUAAACUUCAGUCUAUAGAGACUACAGAAUUCCAUUUAUUUUAUUUUUAAAAAAUUUAGUUUGCCGAUGAUGGUCAUUUUUGUUAAAGCGUAUCGAUCAUUUUCACGGAAAACAUGGCUUCGCUGUUUAGCCAAUAUUUUCACUGAGGUUUGUCCUAGAACAAUAAAUCAAAAACCAAACUUUUUAGAAAAGUAUGCUCUAAAAAACGGCCUAUAGCAUUAUUUAAUUUCAAACUACCCUUAAGGCCUUAAAUGAACCUCAAAGUUUGAAAAGGUAAACUGAUAAAAUUCCAUUUUCAGCAUUUUUUUAACAGCAUAAGGCAAGCCGAUCAUGGUUUGUAAUUUUUUUCUGCAAAAGACAUACAUACAUACUUUAAAUAAAAAAAGUUUGAGCUUUGAGACUUGAGUAAUUUUUUUCAAAAACAAUCUCAAAAAUGUAAUUUUUUGAAAAAUCUCAAAGUUUGACCCCUUAUAUCUCUGAUGGGCACGGAUGAAAAAAUUUGAAAUUCGGCUGAAUCUUAGCCCCUAGCAAGUAGAAUAAGGAGUAAAAAUUUGGAGUUGCAGACUUGCCUCAUAUAGGAGUUACAGGCCUGAAAAAUGGUCAAAAAUCAAAAUGGUCAAAAUUUGAGCGUUUGUGGGCAGGGUAAUUAAAAUUCAGAUAUCCUGUCUAAUGAAAUAAAAAUUAAUGUAUUUUCACCAGAUUUCACAAUGAAUACAAAUUUAUACAGGGUGGGCCAAAGAAAAGAUUUCACCUUGAUAUUUGGCAGUUAUUAGAUUUUAAGGGAAUGUCGAAACAGGUAGAUUUUUAUUUUUAAAUUACAAUUUUUUUAUAUAUAUUUCAUACGUCUCGCAUGACGUGUCAUCGUCAGUGACGUCAUCCAUCUGGGCGUGAUGACGUAAUCGAUCAUUUUUUUAAUGGGAAUAGGGGCGUAUGUUAUCUCAUUUGAAAGAGUGUUCAAUUCUCUGUUCAGUAGUAUUAACAAUAAUAUAAUUAUUUAUACAGGGUGGGCAAAAAAUAAUUUUUGAAUUAAAUUAAUUGACACAAAAAGAAGAAUGUAUGUAAUUUAUUUAACUCAAAAUACAUUUUAUUGCUGUCAUAAAAUAGAAAAAAAAUAUUAUUUGGCAAAUAAACAUUGCUUUUCGCUUAAAUUAAAUGUUCAAACUGUCAAGAGGUAGGUGGGAGGCUGUUUGUGAUUUAAUUUAAGCGAAAAAUAAAAAGUUUAUUUGUGAAAUAAACAUUUUUUCUAUUUUCUGACAGCAGUAAAAUAUAUUUUUAGUUGCCACAAGACCCCUAUUCCCAUUUAAAAAAAUCAUCGAUUACGUCAUCACGCUCUGAUGGAUGACAUCACGUAGUAUGAAAUAUAUCCCAAAAAGUUGCAAUAUAAUAAAAAUAAAAAUGGACCUAUUUCGGCAUUUUCUUAAAAUCUAAUAGGUAACUAUUGCCAAAUAUCGAGGUGGGCUCUUUUCUUUGGUCCACCCUGUAUAAAUUUGUAUUCAUUGUGAAAUCUGGUGAAAAUACAUUAAUUUUUAUUUCAUUAGACAGUUUAUUUGAAUUUUAAUUACCCUGCCCGCAAACGCUCAAAUUUUGACCAUUUUGAUUUUUGACCAUUUUUUCAGGCCUGUAACUCCUAUAUGACGUAAGUCUGCAACUCCAAAUUUUUACUCCUUAUUCUACUUGCUAGGGGCUAACAUUCAGCCAAAUUUCAAAUUUUUUGCCCAUCAGGGAUAUAAGGGGUCAAACUUUGAGAUUUUUCAAAAAAUUACAUUUUUGAGAUUUAUUUUGAAAAAAUUUACUCAAGUCUCAAAGCUCAAACUUUUUUUAUUUAAAGUAUGUACGUAUGUCUUUUUCAGAAAAAAAUUACAAACCAUUAUCGGCUUGCCUUAUGCUGUUAAAAAAAUGCUAAAAAAUGGAAUUUUAUCACUUUACCUAUUUAAAUUUUGAGGUUCGUUUAAGACCUUAAGGGUAGUUUGAAAUUAAAUAAUGCUACAGGCAAUUUUUUUGGAGUAUACUUUUCUAAAAAGUUUGGUUUUUGAUAUAUGGUUCUAGGACAAACCUCAGUAAAAAUACUGGCUAAAGAGUGAAGCCAUGUUUUCCGUGAAAAUGAUCGACACGCUUUAAGAAAAAUGGCCGUUAUCGGCAAACUAAAUUUUUUUAAAAUAAAAUGAAUGCAAUUUUGUACUCUCUAUAGGCUGAAGUUUAAAAGGUAAAAAAAUAAAAAAUAUUACAAAUAGUCAAGCAACCACCUUUGGACCACUUGGCUUGGAUUGACCCGUAACUGUAAUUUGAGAAAAAAUUGAAUUUUUUUUUCAAUUAGAAUGAUGUAAUUGUAUAUUUAAACAUAGUUUUUAAUUUCAAACAACUUUUCAUAAUAUCAUUUUUUGAUAUUCUGGAAUAUUACUCUUUAACGUAAGGUAUUUUACUCUUUAACGUAAUUCAUAUUUUUAACAUAACUCGUAUAAAAUUGAUAAAAUAUUGCUAUCUGAUGGUUAAGUUUUAGAUUUUUGACUAUCCAGAGCAUUUUAUGAAGAAUAACUUUUUUCGUAAAAUUGAUAAUAAAAAAGUUUUCCAUGUGGUUCCUAGCUACGCAUACAUACUGUAUAAGAGCUUCUGUAUAAGAAUUUUCAAUUUGCAAUGCCAUAUUCGGAUUCAGCAUAAUCAAAAACAAAAUAGAAACAUAUUUGAUCAAAGUAAAAUGAUGAAUUUAACGAUAUGUUUAAAAUUAUUAAUGCAAAACAAUUGUUAUUGUUUAAACAAUUAAUAAACAAUUAGCGGCCAAAUCUGCGAGUAGAACUUUUUACUUUAACAAGUACAUAAACUAACAAAAAAAAAAAGAAUGUGUGUACUUUGUACGCACGUAAGAAGUUAUACUUCUAUUAUAUGAUUUCAACGAAAUCAAUAUACUUUAAACAGUUUCUCUACUACUUUCCAAAAAUUUUUAUUAAAACAAUACCAAAAAUUAAAAAAAUAAAAGAAUAAAACACACACAAACACAUUGAAAAAUGCCACAAAUAAUUUCUGAACAAUAAUUGUUGCCAAAAACUUUAAUUUAAUACGUAUUUUCUGAAAAAAAUUAUAUAAUAAUAUACUUACAAUCAUAAAAUCUAUAAAAAAAUAAAAAAAUGAUAUAAAUUGCAUUGGGCUUGAACCUACUUCCCGUGUAUCCCGCCGUACGAGAGUCGAAGCGAUUUCAAACUGCACCACCUUCGCGUAUACGUCAUGUGGGAAUAUACACAAACUGAACAACUUUUUGACAUUUUGUUUAUAUGAAUUUUUAUUAGUUUGAUUUUUGUCGAAUUAAAAUACAACAAUAUAUAGAGUAAGAAAACGGUACAUUAGAUGGAAAUUUGUAGAAAGUUUGUUCGUAAUCAGAUUAUGUAAAUUAAAGCAUUGCCUACUAGGGGUAUAGCAUAGCAAGUACUAGGUAAGUACAUUAUUUUUUUUACAUUUUCCAAAUAGGUAUGAAGAUAAUUUUUUAUUGGAAUACAACUGAAACAUUUAGAAUUACGUACCUGUGGCUUUUCAAAACUAUUUAAAAAGUCACUAUAAUUAUAAAUUUGAUUUUAUUUCUGUCCUCACAACAAUAAAAACUAAUAUAUUAUACAACAUUUUUGUUUACCGAUAACCUCCAUAUUGAACAAUUAUUGACAGAUCAUUUCAACACCCAAUCAGAACCCGUAUAAAGACUAAUACCAAACUGUCGGUGUGCGCAUGCGCGCAGAUCAAUAUAAAUUCACCCUCAAUCUCGAUCGCGCCUAAAGAAGUAUAACUUCAAAAAGAUUGUCAAACUUAAUAAAAAAUUUUGGGUGGCGGAAUUUUGUGCUGGUGAGUGUAUAUAUACAUUUAGCCAUAUCUUCAUAUUUUUAAAUAUGAUUUUUUGCAUCUGGUUUUGGUAACACUUUAGAAAAAGUCACGCGUCCCCACUAACACCCAGUAUCUCGGAACCGAAGCAUUUGCAGACAUAUUUUUAUAAAGCAAACUGUCAUUAAAAUUUGUCAUACUUAUUUAGAAACACCCUGAUUAAUAUUAAGUUUAAUCUAUAAAUAUUAAGAGUGCCUCUACACAGGUAUAAUGAGAAUAAGUUAAGCACAUAGUGGAGUCCCUUUUCUGUAAUCAAAUCUGAAUCAUCUUUACUUUUAGUUUAUUUUAUAAAGGUUUGCAUUAAUUUGCAAUAAUAAACAACUAAAAUUUUGAUAGCAUCAUACAACUAGAUAGUUAAAGUAAGUAGACACAUACACAAAAAUAUGUACAUUUUCUUUACAAAAUUAAGACUGAUACGUUUUAGUAAAAAUUAGACCUUUCUCGAACUGUAUAUCUAAUUGUAUACAUGCUAAGGUUAGCUUUUAAUUAUUUCAUGUUUUAGUUUGUACAUUAGCAUUGGUUCAAAUCUGUAGAUACAUUUUUACCACGUUUUUAUAUACUUCGCUUGUUCUUUGUCUCCUUGUCCGGGAAAAAUCUUGUAAUCGAUUUUAAACAUAUUUCCCGACUAGCUAGAGAUCUAAAAUUUUUAGAAUAGCUCAGAACUCGAUGACAAUGCAAUAUUCCACAGCUUUUACAUGGAUGCAUUGAGUUUUAUUUUGAAUUUUAAGCCAUUUUAAAUGCAAUUCAAUUGCAUUAAUAAUGCAAUGACAUUUAGAUUCCGUUGUAAAGUACGUUAGUCAACAGGGGAUAUAGCUCAGUGGUAGAGCAUUCGACUGCAGAUCGAGAGGUCCCGGUUCAAGCCCGGGUGUCUCUAUUUUUUAUUUUUUUGUUAGUUUACUUGAAUUAGCAUAUUAAUAUUUCAUAUUUUAUUAAGUUAAUAUAAUAUUGUUACUCAGGUUUAAAAUCAAUUUAUUGAACAGGAACUCGUUUACAAUAACUUUACAACACAAUGACAACUGUAUACUUCAAAAUCUGAAAUAAAACUAUUCCUAAAAUGUCACACACAUACAGUCCGUCUAAUUUACUUACCGUUGCACGUCAUUAUUUACGUUAGAGAUCUAAGUUGACAUUGUUGCCCAAUUACAAAAAAUUCUUGAAUUCAUUUUAAAUCAAAUACAUCACAUAAUUUUUGCGGAAGUGGAUUAUACAGCAAAACAAAUUAAUAUUCAAUGUAAAUGAAUAAAAACCUUAGAAAUAGAAAACAAGAAUUAAGUUAUAAUCUUACGUUAAAGUACAUAGUAAAAACAGUAAAUAUAAUGAAACAAAUACUUAUAGUAAAGAAUGUAAACAAAUAUGAAGUGUCAUCACCGCAACUGUCAAAUAAAUGUUACCAAUUUAUGCCAAAAUAUCACCUUCGUUCGAUUAUAGUUACAUUGUAUUCCGAACAAAUGUGCUUCAUAAAAACGCUUUAUAAUCCAUUUAAGAAAUGAAAAAUAUUAUUGUGUAUUUCUUUAAGAUAGCAUUAAUAGAAAGCUUUAAAUAUUAUUUCUACGCGUAUAUAAUAAAAUAUGCCUAGUGGCUGUAACGCCAAUGUACUCGGCAAAGAGAUUCUAAAAAAGAACACACCUACCGCCUAAAUAUUUUGAGUUGGUAUCAUGUGACGUCUCGGGCUAUGACGCGGAUGACGUGUAACGGUAAGUAAAUUAGAUGGAGUAUAUGUUUAUAUAGAUUUUCUGACGUUCUAGACGUCACCAGACAUUUCUGGGUUAUUCCAUGACAUCUACGGGACUGUCGUUACAAUAUUUUUAUAUUUUAAUAUUUUCAUAUUUUAUUAAGUUAAUAUAAUAUUAGGUAUUAUUAUUAAGGCACAUAUAUCACAAUUAUUCUUUCGAAACAUGUUUCAUUAAUUCUUUACCAUUUUAAACGAUUUUCUUUGGUUUAUAUCAGUUUAAAAUCGAUUACAAAAUUCUUUCAUGACAUAGGAAUUGAAACAACAAAAUAGUUUUUAAUUUUAUAUUGUGUCCUAUAAAUAAUAAAAACGUGGUAUUAUAACAAGUUCUUUUUUUAUACAAGUGUAAUUACUAUAUUGGGUUUUAUUGGCCUUAAAGUAUUAGCUGGGUGAUACAUAUGUGUGUUCCAGAUUUGUUGUAUCAUAAGUAUAAAUCAUUUAUUUAUAAGUAAUUUGUUAAGUGUAUUUUGAAAAUAUGAUAAGGAGAGAUUAAUAUAUAUAGUUAUAAGACUA